CUCAACUUCGACACCGCUCAAAGAGAAGCCAUCAAGCGUUCUUCAACGAAUCUGGCAACCAUGCUGGCGUUUUUUGCCACAGUAGCGUCGACUCCCAUGACUUCUCUACAAUGCCCUUUUUAUGCUGCCGAUACUGUAACCCGUGACAUUCAGGUUUGAACUAAGAGAGAAAAAACUAGCGCGAGACAUUUUGAUCGUAUGGCCAUAAGUUACCUUGUAUGCGAGAUUACAGGCAGGAUAUUUACUGAUUUUUAAGGAAUAUAUUGUAGCUACCAUACAUGGCAUGUGCGAAACUUCGGUAGUCGGUUUCACGUGACGGUAAAGCUGCAAAUCAUUACAUGAAACCGGUAGACACUGAUGUCAUGCGGAGCUAUGAAGUCAGCGAACAUCGAGGGAUUCGAGUGGCAGCCCUGACUUGCAUCGGUUGAUCCUAGUAUAAAGUGAGUGAGGUGGAGAGUUCUCGAGUCGGCCAUUUUUACGCCCGCUGUCUAUUUUUGAAAAAGUGCUACUACUGAGACAGGACCCCGUCUCUCCGUGCCAGUGAACCAAGUCAGGACCUUCGGCGAUGGAGCCCCAAGCGUUUACAUGUGCGCUAUUGGGUUCCUCCAGAGAGUUGUUGCUUCUGCUCAUGCUGUGCAUGUAUAGCCGACACAUGGCGAAAGGCGAAAGUGCCGCCAUGGUGGCCAUGCACGCCAGUGCGCUCAGUGCAGCAACGGUGGUAGACAGCAGUACGCUUUUCGGAACCACGGACGCCUUCCCCAAAUCUCAGUCGAGCGGCCCGAGCGCAGUUCCCAAAGGCGCCCCCGUUUCCAUCGCGGCAGCGUCCAAGAUGAUGGACACUGCCGGGCAUGCAUCCGGCGACAAAUGGGGCGUGGUGGGCGUCAUAGCCACGUCACUGAAGUCAACGACCGCCGAUGAUGCUGCAGCGAGAACUUCCAUGGCAAGUGUAGCGAACGUUUCUGCUGUGAUGGGGAUGAACCAGAGUGCGGGUGAGGCUGUCCCUCCCAACGCCUCGCAGAACUUCACGAGUGGGGGUGCGACGACAAGGAGCACCACGCGGCCACCGCAAACGUCGAGGAUCCGAGCUCUCAUAACCAAGGCUCUGUCCAGCAUGAGUGGCAGACUCAUGCGGCGACUGCUUCAGGCUGACAUCUCGGCGGAAUGCAGCCUCGGCGUGCUUCACUUCAUGCGCGCCAUCCAGACGCUCGAGCCAUGGGCUUUCAGGCUGGUCGACGCGACGGCUAAGUACCCUACAGGUCUGCUGCAAGCGUCCACGGCCAAUUUGGGAGCCUACGAUGAGUGCAUAGAGACCGUAGCAAGAGACGAGUAUGGUAUAGAGAAGGCUCGUGGACAAUACUGCAACGUGCAUCUCGCGAUUGGGGAAGACAGCCCGAUUAUUGGCGAGAUCAUGCCAGCGGUGCUGCUCUCACACAAGAGAACAAUAAAUUUCACAGAGUAUAUGACAGACGAAAGACUGCCUGGGCUUCGUCUCGGGAUCUGCUUCAUCGCGGCCUGCAGCGAGCAAGACCUCUCUAACAUCGGUCGCAGCUUAAUAGGCCCUACUACCAGAAUUACAGUGAAGAACUGCGUGACAAGCGUGAACGGAGGGAUCACUGACUCUCAGGCCUGGAUCUUAGCUUUUUUAGCCAUUCUUGUAACUGCAAUUGUUGCCGCAACAGCCUUCGAACUAUUCACCAGCAAAUGGGACGUUAAGCGAAAGAAUGCCGUCCCUUACAAGUGCUUCAUAGCGUUCUCCGUAGUGACAAACACAAGGAUAAUCUUGAAGGUCAACGAGGACAAGUGUUCCGAUAGCUACGCCUAUCGUUUUGUUCAUGGAAUUCGGUUCCUCAGCAUUUUCUGGAUUUGCCUCGGACAUUCCUACGCAAUCAUCACCGAAAAUAUAACAAGGCUACUUAACGCUCUGCACUAUUUCGAGCGUUGGGAAACGAUGAUAGUAACGGCUGGUUACCAAGGCGUAGACAGUUUCUUCUUUUUCAGCGGAUUUCUGCUCUACUUUGUACUCAGGAAGCAGAAGCACGACCGACUAGUCGUGGCUGCAGUUGCCAUGAUUAGACGAUUUAUUAGGUGCACCGUGCCCUUGUUUUUUAUGAUAAUGUCUAUGUACCUUCUGCCACUUAUUGCAUCUGGCCCAAACACCAAAGAAUUUUAUAAGAAGUUCUACUCCGAAGUUCGGAAUCACUGGUGGGACCUACUCAUUCAGAUACGAAAUUGGAGAGGAGACUCUGAAGUGUCCACCAUGUUGCACUUGUGGUACCUUUCUGCAGACUACCAGCUGUUUGUAGUGGCCGUCAUUGUGAUUCAGACUUGCAAAACACGAAAUCGGCUGGCUGGAUCCAUCUUCGUCUUGCUCUCGCUCGCAUCUUGUGCAAUAGCUGCGUGGCAAAUAUACGGCACCAACAUGACGCCAUUCAUGGUCCUAGUGCAAGGUUCGUACAGCACUGUUGUGGACACGAUGGACCACUACUACAUGCUUCCGUUUUACCACGGAGUGUGCUUCUUCUCUGGCUGCAUCACUUUUCUCAUCGUUGAGCGAUACGGGAAAGCCAACAUUUCCAAGAUGAUGCAGGCUUCUCUGUGGUGCAUAUGCUUAUUCUGCGGCCUGUAUUGCCUAUUCAUGAAGAUCGAAUGGUACAGCAAGAGUGAACGCGCCAGCGAAACGAAGAGACUCUUCCACGCUUUCACUGACCGCAUCAUCUGGUCUGUGUGCAUCGCUUGUAUCGCCUUCAUCUGCGCUACUGGCCGUGGAGGAAUUGUGAACCGCUUUCUUUCCUGGAACGGCUUCGUGCCCUUGAGCCACCUGUCGUUUGGAGUGUACCUCAUUCACUACCCCGUCUUCCUCCUGACGCACCAUGUCGCCAGGGAACGCAUCUUCUAUUCCCAUUUCACUCUGGUAUCCCAGUGCUUCGCCGUCGUGGUGUGGAGCUACAUCCUGAGCUACUUCCUGUUCAUCACAUGCGACGCACCGACGGGUCACCUGGAGAAGCUAGUGUUCAUGCGUGAACGACGGACACGCGCAGUGUGUACCAACGGCGCGACAAACGGGGCAACUCAAAAUGGCAUCAGCGGCAACAACGCGAACCACCUGGCCGUCGGGAUCAUCGCUACCGGUACCAUCAAGAAAUUUCUGAGCGGGGCACCUACCUCGAAGGUAGCAGCAGCAGCAGGCAGCGAAGCAAGCCGCGCCAAAAAAUGCAACAGAUUCUGACGGGAACACGCUGAUCCUUGCCCUCUCCCAGCAGAGGCUAUCGAGUGUGGCAAUUCUAUGGUGACACUUCUUUUUUAGCCCGGUGUGACUCACCGAUGACGUUGUCGUUGGACCACCACAACUUCUAAGAAGUCAGUGCCCGAACUGUGAAGUGAUGUGCGUGUGCACGUGCGAAGGAUAGGUUAAGACAAACUCUGUGGUAUUGUUGCCCUGUUUCUGUCUCAGGAGGUUGUUUUGCCAUAGCAGGAGUAUUUACUUGCAGCCACUGAGCCUUUCACGUAACAUGCAACCACCUCUCACCUGAAUGCUGACCACUCUGCCAAAUAGUUUGACGGUGGCUUGCAUGAUCGAAAUUUUCCAGCCGCUCGCAAAUUCAAGUUAUCCUUGCAUUUAUGAUAGGUAGUGAAAGUUGUGUGUCGCUUAUGAAGAAUUAUUGAUAAUAAUUACAUUGAAUAUUAUAACAUGGGCGUCCUUCCUGUCUAGCCAAAAAGCGCAAUGUCUUUAGACGUUUACAUAUACAUCAGCACAUUGCUGCAUCAGAAACUCACGCCAUGCGGCGCAUCGCUUUACCUACACAUUAGCACAUUCAUACUGCGGUACUUGUUAUAGAAGAAGUACCCUUCUUUUAACAAAGCGGUGAAUCCCCUUUCUGAAACUACCGACAACACUAACCGCAGUUACUUGGAGGCCGAUGCAUAUUAUAUCUAUGUAUGAGGUAGGCCUCAUUUAAGUAGAACGUGACAAAUGCAAAUUUCUCAGUACGACUGCGUCACUGAACUUAAGGUGAGUAAUGGCUGGGUACAUCUCAUUGCUACAAGGACCAUUUUGUGUGGGUUUGCUACGAACUAAUCCUUACAACUCGCGCAGCUGUGUGCCUAGAUGUUCGGUUAACUUCAGUGACAUUUAGAAAGUGUUAAUUUGACGCAGAGGUCGUAAACUUACGUUGCGCCCAUGAUUUUUAAAGAGCAGGCGUGAGAAUUUUAUGCUAAAUUUCAAAGAAAGUAUGUAAUUGUAUUUUUGACGCUGAGUCACCUGGGGGCAUUUCGCCAGAAAUGCCGAGUAUAGAACUCACAAUUACACAUGUUUUCAUCCCUGGGUUGGUUGAGAAAGAGUCACAUAGAGGGCGAAUCAAUCAAAUAACCCUCCACCUUUUCGGGCAGGGUGGUAAACUAAGAAGCCGUCGGUGCCUCUCAAUAUAGGGACAUCGGCUAAACGCUAUUUACUACUGGCCUCAGUUCUCGGCACAAGGUUGCAUCAUGUAUCGACGCCAAUUUUCCACUUGAUUACAGCACGAGCUAGAUAGUGUGGUAAGCGACCAAGUAUGUCGAAAACAAUUUGCACGACCAACAAAAAGACAGUGGUUCGGAGCAGCUAUUAGGCACGCGGCGUGCGCCUGGAAGGUGGCACGCGCUGGACGAUAUACGUGUCCAAACGUUCUUUCUUUUGCGAUUAUACAACGCACGCACUACACAAAGUGAACAUUCGUUCGUAAAAAAAGUGCAAUAAUUACCAGGGAGACAAAUAGUUGUGUUGAUGUUAUGGUUCGCACCACUGAAGUUCUUACUGUACAGAACUUUGUUAAAAUAAAAUUUGCCUUUAAGCAUAAGAGGAUUUGUUAAAGGCUGUAAUGUUCAA